GUAGCCUUGUAUUAUUGAGCGUGAUUGACGUGUGCAAGGCUGCAGCCAGCUCCAAUCCGAUAGGAGAUUAUAGCAGUAGAAAUGGAGGCUGGAGAGCUGGAAAACGGAGCAAGAGCUCGCAGGGUGGUGCGGGUCACAAGAGUGGAGUCUUUCUGUGCAGCUCAUCACCUCCACAGUAAUUUCUUGAGUGCUGAAGAUAACAAGAGAAUUUUUGGAAAGUGCAACAACCCAAAUGGCCAUGGUCAUAACUACAAAGUGGAAGUUACCGUUUGCGGUGAGGUCAAUCCAGUCACUGGUAUGGUGAUUAAUAUCACAGAACUGAAGGAACACUUGCAGGAAGUAAUUAUGAAACAACUUGACCAUAAGAACCUGGACAAAGAUGUUCCGUACUUUGCGAAUCUUGUUAGUACCACUGAAAAUGUAGCUAUCUACAUCUGGGAAAAUCUACAGAGACGCCUACCACCGAAUCUACUCUAUGAAGUAAAGGUGUAUGAGACUGAUAAGAACAUUGUUGUUUACCGUGGAGAAUAAGAAAAAUCCUGUUGCGUUCUGGUAGUGUUGUCAUUGUACUGAGUUUUACUUGACCCAGAAUUUAACCCACCACACAAAAGGCCCUGCAUUGUACCUUUGCUGCUUCUGGUCCAUUAAAUUCUGUUGACUUUUGCAAAUAAUUUACUAAGAUUAAAGAUGGGAACUCCGAAAGGUUCCACAGGUCCAUGUUGACAUCCAGUUGUUGCUGAAAAGACACCAGUGUUCCCGCAGCCGCUGCUGACACUGAAAGUUCAUUCCAUUUGUUCACUCUUUGGCUGAAGAGGAAUUUUACUGAUAUUUGAAUUUAUAUCUACUUGCCCUACUCCUGCUACCUGACUUAAAGUAACUUUACUCAGCGUGUGGUCAUUGUUUAACUGAACAGUAACAAAAUAAAUAGAUUGUUACUAGUAUCACUGAAAUCCUGAAAGAGAAAAGACAGGAGAAGCUAUGAAAAUGGAUUUAUGCCAUCAAUGAAAAUUAUAUUCUGAAUCUUUGAACUGUGGCUUUGAAUUGUGGCUCAAAUACAAGAACUGCAACCUAAAUCCAUUUCUCAUAAAGAUACUUCUGCAUUUUGAAAUCAAUGCUGCAGCAGUUGGUCAAAACCACUUAUACAUAGUAUUGAUGGAGCCAAAGAAUACUGAAAAACAAUGUGGGAGAAAUUACUUUCACACAGCAAAUAAAUGCAUAUCAAAGCUAAAUGAGGGAAAAUGGACUUACAAAGCAUUAAUAGGUAAUCUAAAGUAAAAUUCAAUGGCUGUUGUAGUAUAAAUUAUUUUUAAACAUUGAUAAUAAAUAUUUCUAAUUGCUA